CCGGUGCUGUAGGGGGCGGUGUACAGUGGACGUCAGAGCGUGCGUGCCAUAACAAACAAAGAAGAUAGACGAAGAAGAAGAUGAUUCAGAAGAAGAAGGAGGAAGUGUUUUGAGUUUGUGGCCUUCAUCAGAAAAAAUCACGAUGAACCUGGAACGAAUGCCCAAUGAGGAGAAACUCGGCCUGUGCAGAAAAUACUAUCUAGGUGGAUUCGCAUUUCUUCCAUUCCUGUGGCUGGUCAACGUUGUUUGGUUUUUCCGGGAGGCCUUUGUAAAGCCAACCUACACUGAACAGCUCCAGAUAAAAACCUAUGUGAAGCGGUCAGCACUGGGGUUGCUGUUAUGGGUAGCAGUACUCACUACAUGGAUUACCAUUUUCCAGCACUUCAGAGCAGAGUGGGGGGAGGUGGGAGAUAAACUCUCCUUUACAAUUCCACUUGGCAUUCCUUGAGACGUUUUUUUUGAUGACUGGUCUAUUGAAAAUAACUGUUGAUCCACUAUAAUGGACCAAAGAAUUUUCCUUCUUUAACUACAGUGAAAGCCUAGUGAUUUGUCUCAUCUUUGGAGCCACCUUCAUUUACUGAAUAAAGAUAUCAGAGUAAUCCCUUAUGUCCUCAAAGGAUUAUUAAUUAUGUAUAUACUAAGGCAUUUCAGAAAGUUCUUUUGGUUUUAGCAUAGGUUACUUAAUCUUGUACAGCAGACAAUGUUAACUGACAGUAUCUAAGCUGGAUGUGCAUUCAGGUUUGUUCAGCACAUUGAACAAUAAAACCCAACUGUUUUUUUUUUUCUCAACUUGAAAAUUUUUAAUGUUUGUAUGUGAACAAUUUUUACGUGUAUGAAUGAUGAAUAAAAAACAUUCACAAUGGUU